UCACGCCUAGUUUUGUAAAGCGUCAGAUCGAACUGGACACACGAACCAGAGUCACCGACUGUCUGCAAACUUUCAUUAGCUCCACUUUCUCUCUCCCCUCCUCUCUCUCUAACUGCUACAAUGGCGAUGACUGUACCUGUACGUUUUCUCAUUAUCUGUAUUUUCUUCAUCUCUGCUUCUGCCAAAACUCUAAUAAAAGUAACAGAUAACCCUGCCGACCAGCUUGUAGCUGCACUUAAUAGUAAUCGAACUGCACACAAGGCAUCAACCCUCUUUAGCAAUUCGGGCCUGGCUUGCAUAGCUCUGCAAUAUAUAAAAGCGUAUGGAGGUAACUGUGGUGAAGUGGGAGGAUCUGAUGCCAAGAAACCUGCUGAGUCUGAAUUUGCUGAAACUUUUGCCCCCAACUGUGGUGUUUUGGCUUCUAGCCUCUCUCCAAUUAGUGGUCGUUUACUUGGCUGCCAGUCCAAAUAUGUUGAGUCUUCAGAAGCAUUCUCAGAGAUUCUGAUGAAAAACAGCAAGAGCUUGGAAAUUCUGUACAGCAAGAAUCACACAGAAGUAGGGGCUGCUGUGAGUGGCUCUGAUGGUGGGGGUCCCUAUUUCUGGUGCAUUCUAUUCAGCAGCGCCAAAUCACCCAACAGCAGCUUCGUUACAGAGGGAGGUGUAGCUAAGGUAACCAGACCUGGAUGCUUUAGUGGUGCAAAUGAUGAUUGCAGCAGUGCUUAUAGCUGGUCUCAACCCCCUCAUUUCUUGCCGAUUGCUGUUGGAGCCUUGUUGAUUGCAGUGGCUUUCGGAUAUUGAUGAUGUCCCUACAAAAUGUGAGUUUUUUUUUUUUUUGGGGGGGGGGGGGGGGGGGGGGGCACGUUCUGUUGUAUUCUUUGGCUUUGCCCCUGUAAGUUGUUGUAUCUUACCUUCAUUCAAUGUUGUGUAAGAGUGCCCAAUCUUUGCCGAUUUGGUAUUUUUUAGUAACUUAAAGUUAUGAAAACAUAAUGCUUAUUCAAAAUUAUGUCCAACUGACAUUUCUGUUACCUUUGGAUCUUGAUAAUGGUGAUACUGCAUUUUUGAACUGACA